UCAUCCUAGUGGAAUGCGUCAGUUGAGUGAGUGAGAGAGAGAGAGUCAUGCAUGCAGUUCGCCGGGCCUAGUCUGCGUGGAGAUAUUUACACGACGUUAAAAACAUUCCAGACUGCCUAAGUUGUUGUUAUCGUAUUACAUUAUGUCUAUUUCCGGGUGAAAUCACGGCUCAGAAGUUCGGGUGUCUGUGAACUGUUGACAAAAUAGCGGUUACGUGUGGAAAGGGAGGGAGUGCGAAACUGCAAACAGGGAAAAAAAAAUCGAGCGAUCGCUUGUUUCACUCAGCCUGCUGAAAGAAGCAGGAAGCGGACUAGAGCUGUUCACCUCUCGAAUGAAAGACUGCAUUGGACACUUGAUGGAGAAGAACGCUCUGCUUUUGCCUUCUUACUGUGAUUGAAACCUGCCCGGUGUUUUGGAGUUCAACCCGAGCCACAUACAGUUAACUUUGAACAUUCAGUUUCCGUGAAUCCAACAGAACUGGCGUCGGACAUUCCAUUCCAGUGGAAUAAUCUGUUCUAAAGAUGCAGCAUCCUCUUCAUCCCAUCAUGGAGCCGGCUGAGAAAUAAGAGACUGCACAGACAGGAGGAGAAGGCACUCUGACAGACCAGAGUACAAGGACUCCACUGUUCCCAUGGUUUGGCUCCAGCGUGCUCUCUGCCAUGCCUCCCGCCAAGACAGAUCAGCUGGACUUGUGGGCGGAGUCAGGGAUGGAUGGAGACGACCAGGUGAUGGUGGACUUCCUGUUGCCCACUGGAAUCUAUAUCCAGAUGGAGGUUCCUCGCGAGAGCACCAUCCAACACAUCAAACUGCUGUUAUGGAAGGAGGCGCAGACAUACCCUCUCUUCUCAUUGCUGGGGGAGAUGGAGGGUCACAUGUUCGAGUGUGUGAACCAGGCAGCAGUGCACGAGGAGCUGGAGGAUGAGACCAGGCGUCUAUGCGAUGUGCGACCAUUCCUGCCUGUCCUCAAACUGAUCACACGCAACUGUGGACGUGCAGAGCGCCUACUAGACUCUAAGAUCGGAGUCCUCAUUGGGAAAGGUCUUCACGAGUUGGACGCCCUGCAAGACCAGGAAGUGAAGGACUUUCGUUCCAAAAUGAAGCGAAUCAGCGAAGAGAAAAUGCACCAAAUGCAGAUGAUGUCGUGGGGGGAGUGGCUUCGGAGCUGUUACUCACCUCAGCUGGAGACAGGGUUAUUGGAGAAUUUGUUUGAAAAGCAUGAGGGCGUCAUCAAAAUUACCAUGCACUACGACCAGUCACAGGACACAGCUAGCCUGAAAGUGUCAUUGCAUUGUACAGUAUCUGAACUAAUGGACCAGGCUCUAAAGAAAUGGCAGACCACUCAUGGCCCAGAGGAAGAUAUUGGUGCCCGUAGCGAUUAUGUGCUGCGUGUCAGCAGCAAACUUGAGUUCCUCUUUGAAGAUCACCCUCUUAAUCAGUACAAAUACAUUAGGGCUUGUUUGUUGGCAAAUGAGAACCCUCAUCUGACAAUGGUUCACUGUAGCGUUGUGAAGGCCAUGUUUGAGAAGGAAAUCAGCACCAUUGGAUCAGUGCUUGCGCGGAAGACUUCGAACCCUCCUCUACCACUGCCCCCGAAGAAGAGACAGCCAACGCAGUUACAUACGUGUGUUUGGAAGGUUCAUUCUUUGUUCAAAAUUAACCUUGUGAAAGGUAACAAGGUGAACGCUGACGAUGCUGCUAAGAUCCAGGUUCGAGCAGGGCUGUUUCACGGUACAGAGCUGUUGUGCAAGACAGCGGUCAGCAGUGAGAGCAGCAGUCGAUCUGAACAUGUGUGGAACAAAACACUGGAGUUUGACAUUGCUGUUUGUGACUUGCCGCGGAUGGCCCGCCUCUGUUUCGCCAUUUACGCCGUCAUGGACAAAGUGAAGAAACAGAGAUCCACCAAGAACCCCCAGAGCAAAUACCAGACUAUCCGCAAGGCAGGGAAAGUGCACUACCCAAUAGCAUGGGUGAACACGAUGGUGUUUGACUACAGAGGGCAGCUGAAAACUGGUGACAUUAUCCUUCACUGCUGGUCCUCUUUCCCUGAUGAGCUGGAAGAGAUGUUGAAUCCUAUUGGGACGAUUCAGACCAAUCCAUACACAGAGAAUGCCACAGAACUACAUAUAAGCUUUCCAGAAUACUCAACACAACCAGUUGUAUUUCCCGCUUUUGACAAGAUCCUGGAAAAAGCUGCAGAAAUAGCAGGAUCCAGUGAUUCAAUGACAAUGGGUCGUGGGGGUAAGAAGUUUUACAUAGAGCUGAAGGAGAUCAUGGAAAGGGAUCCUCUCUCUCAGCUGUGUGAGAAUGAGAAAGAUCUGAUCUGGACGCUUCGCUACGACUGCAGAGAAAACUUUCCUCAGUCUCUCCCCAAACUGCUGCUGUCUGUCAAAUGGAGCAAACAUGAAGACAUGGCUCAGCUACAGGCUUUGCUGCAGAUUUGGCCCAAGCUAAGCCCUCGAGAUGCUUUAGAACUCCUGGACUUCAACUACCCCGACCAGUAUGUCAGGGAAUUUGCGGUCAACUGCCUUAGAGAUAUGAGUGAUGAUGAGCUGUUGCAGUAUUUGCUGCAGCUUGUGCAGGUGUUGCGCUAUGAGCCUUACUACGACUGCGCCCUCAGCCGUUUCCUCCUGGAGCGCGCUCAGACCAGCCGCAAAAUCGGGCAUUUCCUAUUCUGGCAUCUCAGGUCUGAAAUGUACAUGCCAGCGGUAUCGGUUCAUUUUGCUCUGAUUUUGGAAGCAUACUGCCGAGGCUGCAUCCCACACAUAGAAGUUCUCAAAAAACAGGUUGAAGCUCUCAGUAAGCUGAAAGCUGUAAAUGAGCUGAUUAAAUUGGCCACCAUAAAAACGAAGGCAAAACAAGCUCAUCUUAAAGAAGCCAUGAUGACAUGCCUUCGACAGACGGGAUUCAUCGAAACUCUUUCCGACCUGCAUUCACCUCUCAACCCCAACUUAUUGCUCGCUGGAGUCAAUGUUGAGAGGUGCAAAUACAUGGACUCUAAGAUGAAACCUCUGUGGAUUGUUUACAAUAACAAGCUGUUGGGAGGAGACACAGUGGACAUAAUCUUCAAAAAUGGAGAUGACCUGAGGCAGGACAUGUUGACUCUACAGAUCUUGAGGUUGAUGGAUCUGCUAUGGAAGGAGGCCAACCUGGACCUCAGAAUUGUGCCUUAUGGCUGCUUGGCGACAGGAGAUCACUCUGGUCUGAUUGAGGUUGUUUCUUCAGCUGAUACCAUUGCGAACAUCCAAAAAACAAGCAGCAACAUGGCCGCUGCUGCCGCUUUCAAUAAAGAUGCGCUGCUGAACUGGCUUAAAGACAAGAACUCUGGAGAUGCUUUGGACAAAGCCAUUGAGGAGUUCACUCUAUCGUGUGCUGGUUAUUGUGUUGCCACCUACGUCUUGGGCAUUGGUGAUCGUCAUAGCGACAACAUCAUGGUUCGCAGUACAGGGCAGCUCUUCCACAUAGACUUUGGUCAUAUCCUAGGAAACUUUAAGUCCAAGUUUGGGAUCAAGCGUGAGCGUGUUCCUUUCAUCCUCACACAUGACUUCAUCCAUGUGAUUCAACAGGGAAAAACAGGCAACACUGAGAAAUUUGGAAAUUUUAGGCAAUACUGUGAGGAAGCAUAUCUGAUUCUGAGGAAGAAUGGAAAUCUGUUCAUCACACUCUUUGCUCUGAUGCUCACAGCAGGCCUGCCAGAGCUUACGUCUGUCAAAGAUAUCCAGUAUUUAAAGGACUCUCUGGCAUUAGGUAAAACCGAUGAGGAGGCCCUCAAACAGUUCCGGCAGAAGUUUGAUGAAGCUCUGCGAGAGAGUUGGACCACCAAAGUCAACUGGAUGGCCCACAUUGUGGCUCACCCUUCAUAAACACUAACAUCUGGCCAAACAAACAUCUCUCUAAACUGAAGUCAGGGUUCACCAUAAAGCACCAUUAAACUGUCUACUACAGUCAAACCAGCUUAUUUAUGAUCUCAGAAAACUGAUGGCCGAAUCGCAUGGAUCUAAAUGAUCUUCAGAGGUCUAGAGUCUGCAGGUAUAAACAAAAAACUCAGCUUCUGCCCCUUUUUGUUGUGUUGAAUAUCAACUGCCUUUGACCAUAGUAGAGCCAUGCAAAACCCUGACUUGACAUUGGAUGUAAAAGCAAGAACUUCAGCAUUUUCUUCCUCCACUGAAAAGUCAAUAAACAAUGAACAACUCCAGUGUGUCCUUCCAGAGAGAAAGAGAAGUUGCCGAACCUUGAAACAACAAGGCAGGUUUUGGCCAUCCAGAAAUGAGAUUUUUUUUUUUUUUGUACAGCCGUGUUUACGUAUCGGGACUUUUGAAAAUGGACCAAUCAGAGCACAAGCUCAGAGGAAGUGCAUCUUAUCAGACCAAAAGGUAUACAUGUGCCUCUCUGCACAAGAAACUUUGUUUGUAUUUGCUUUUGAAUUUUUUUAAACUGUAUGUGCCAGACUACUUUAUUAUGAGAAAUAGUCUUAAAAACACUGGAAUCAUGUUAUAGGUAUAAAUAUUUUAUGAGUUUUAAACGUUGUAAUAGUAAAGCACUGUACCUAUAUCCCACAGUACUACUUGUACAGUAUAGCAGAAAUUGCUGUAAAAUUGAAGAGGCUUCACACACACAUAUUUCAUUGAUCACUUUGAACAAACACUGUGAAGAUCGAGGGCCUUCCCCAACAUCCCUCCUCUCAUGUAGUUUGUUCUGUGGUGCUAGCCAUAAAAUAUAUUCCUCAUCUAAAUGUAAGCACAGCAUUGUAGCCAAACCUGUUGUUUAAUGGUACAUCCCUGAAAAUUUCUCAUUCUUGAUGCCUGUUAUUUUGAGAGUAAUUCACAGAUAUAAACGGGCUUACUACUGUAUAUGCCUGCAUAUCGAAACUCAAGAUUUCAGUGGCCUAUUUAGUCAAAAUAUCUGCACAAAAGACUUAGUAGACCAAAAAGGGUAGCUGUCAUGACGGAGACGGUCUACUGACAGCUCAGACAGUAGUAAUCACUGAUUAAUGCCUAUAUUUUAAAGCACAGACAGUAAUUAUCAAUGUUUUUACUAUUGAUAACCUGCUGUCUCUAGUGCUGCUUUUCUUGUUGGCUGUGUGACUAGAGAUGUAUAGAUGCACUGAGCAUGUUAUUUUUACACUGAAUAUGCGUAUGUGUGAAUGGGAGGAAAUACUGUGUACUGUGAUAUAGUGAGAUUAUUAAGAGCAAUGCAGAGAGUAUAGGACCAACAUUCCAGAGAAUUAUACGUUCAUUUCCUGCGCUGUCAUGGUAUAUGAGAGAAUAAGAGUUAAGAUUUGUGUCUAUCAAAUAAAUUACAAUUUAUACUAGAGCAGGUUGUACUCUAAUGGCCAUCUAUUAGGGGUGUUUUGAUGCCUUGGUGCAAUAUGCAAAUGUAAAUGUGCAACUGUAAACCUAUUAUGAGAGUGUAUGCGUGUGCGCUCGUGCUGCUGUAUGUUACACUGAUGACUUUUGAUUUCACUGAAACGUUUAAUACAGGCUUUCUGCUCUGUCUUGCCCAUUUCAUAGGAAUAAAAGUUGUUUUCAUUGAA